AUGACGACGAACAAGCGGACAGCUUCUUCAGUACUAAAUGGAGAUAUUGAAACAAAAAAAUUCAAAACAGAGAUUGAUUCAACUUCUUCAACUUCGACUACAGUCAAAGAAUCAAUACCAUCAUCGGUUGAUGAAAAUAAUACAAAGAAAAAAACUUGUGAAUAUGGCGAGGCGUGUUAUCGACAGCAAAAUUCAAAACAUACAGCUGAAUAUGAUCAUCCAUCUACAGGUGCAUCAGCGACGACCAAAAAUGUAAGCAAACGUUUAACACCAGUUAAUAAAAUUGAUCAAAGUGAACCAUAUCGAUUUCUACUUUCUACUGUACAUGGAAUACAAGAUAAUUAUAAUCAACAGAACGCAAUUAGUCUAAAAGAAAUUCUUUCUGUUGAGCAUGGUCAACUUAUUCGUUCUGCUCAAUUUAAUUAUAUGUUUGAUAUUGAAUUUUUACUUGAACAAUAUCCACUUGAAUUUCGAUUAAAACCAUUAUUAAUUGUUCAUGGUGAUUCACGACAUGAUAAUCAGUCAAUUAAAAAUCAAUGUUCACCAUAUCCACAAAUUGAAAUUUGUCCAGCUCGUCUCGAUAUCCCAUUCGGUACACAUCACACCAAAAUGAUGUUUCUACUCUACGAAACCGGUUUACGUAUUGUGAUUCAUACUGCAAAUCUCAUUCUACAAGAUUGGAGACAAAAAACACAAGGUAUCUGGAUUAGUCCUAUUUGUCCAAAAACGAACGAUGAUCGAGAAUCGAAAACUAAUUUCAAAAAAGAUUUACUUGAAUAUAUUGAACGAUAUCGUGCUAGACAACUACAAUUUUGGCAGAAAACUAUUAAUGAACAUGAUUUUAGUAGUAUCAAUGUUCAUCUAAUAAGUUCAACACCUGGUCGUCAUACAGGACCUGAUCUAAAUAAAUUUGGUCACUUAAAACUUCGUCAAACUCUAAAGAAUUAUCUUAAUCUUGACAAAGAUGAACAAUAUAAUUCAUCACCAAUUAUAGGACAAUUUUCAAGUAUUGGAUCUUUAGGUCCAAAUGCAAAUUCUUGGCUAACCAAAGAAUUUCUUACAUCACUCAAACAGCUUAGUUCAUCUUCAUUAGAAUCACCAGAAUUAAAAUUAAUCUAUCCAACUGUUGAAAAUGUUCGCACAUCAUUAGAAGGUUAUAUGGCUGGUGGAAGUUUGCCUUAUAACAUGCAAAAUGCUAUGAGACAAACAUGGCUUGUUAAUUAUCUUCAUCGAUGGAAAGCAGAUCAUCGCCAUCGUAGUCAAGCUUCACCACAUAUUAAAACAUAUCUACGAGCAACAAAUGAUCAAUUUAAAGACAUACUAUGGUUCUUAGUCACCAGUGCAAAUUUGUCAAAAGCUGCUUGGGGUGUUUUAGAAAAGAAUAAUACACAAUUAAUGAUUCGAUCGUAUGAAAUAGGUGUUUUAUAUACACCGAAGCAAUUUUCAAAGGCAACAUUUUCUCUGCCUGAUUCUCCAUCAUUUCCAAUUCCAUACGAUUUACCACCAGUCAAAUAUCAAACUUCAGAUAAACCAUGGAUAGUCGAUGUUGCAUAUAAAGAUAAACCAGAUUCUCAUGGAAAUAUGUGGGAUCCCAGUGACUAA